CCUGGGCCCGAGCGAGCGCGCAGGGCGGGGCGCCCGCGGCACGCGCGUGCUCGCAGCGGCGGUGCCCGCAGCGGCCGCGGCCCGCCGCAUGGGCAGAUAGCGCACGCCCAGGCCCGCCGCCGCAGGCCGGCGAGUUGGCGCCCCCCUGUCCCGGCCAUGGCGCCGGUGUUGUAGCGCAUGGGGUAGCGAGGGCCAACCGGGCGCCCACGCGAGACGCUGAGGCCCACCGAGGGCGCCCCGCUCUCGCGGGGUCGCCAUGAAUCAGCCUCCCUCGUUGUUGCUGCUGUGCGCCCAGAAGCUGGCCGCGAGCCUCAUCAAGUAUGGGCCGAAGAGGGUCCGCUUUGCGCGGCUUUCCAAGCUGCCAGGCCGCGCGCUGGAGGCUCUGCUCGACAUACUCGUCGCCAGGAACGCCUUAAACGACAACGUGCUGCCGCACGUCCUGACGCGCCAGACGCAGCGGCUCGGCCUAGAGGGUGCCUCUCAGCUGCGCCGCUGCGUGCUGAACACCGUCGGGCGCUCUUGCCCACAGCUGCAGGUCUUGGACGUGCGAUCGUGCCAUCAGGUAGACAAUCGAAUCGUUCGUGAAGUUCUCCAGUACUGUGAGAGGCUGGAGGCGCUGCGACUCGAUGGCUGCCUCAAGAUUUCCGACAGCGCCUUUGCCCCAGCUUUGUGGAAGCCCCCGCUCGCUGGCCUCCUGGGCCUCCGCGAGCUCUCGGUCGGGAAGUGUGGACAGAUCACGGCUGAGGGUUUGAUGGGAUACGUGAUCAAGGGCGCGCCCUGUCUGAGGGCGCUCGGGGUCGCAUACUGCAAGAUCUGCAUCACGGACGAGGUUGCCGCGGAGCUGCUUUGGAGCUUUGGGAUGGAGGUCUUGGACGUGUCGUUCUGCACGCAAGUGACCGACGCGUCCUUCCAGGUCCAGCAGCCAUCCGCACUGAGGGAGCUCCGCGUGGCGAGCACCCUCAUAUCCGACGUGGCGAUCGAGGGCAUAACUCGCCGCGCGGCGCAGCUGGAGGUCGUCGAUGCUGGCUGGGUGAUGAAGCUGACGGACAGCAGCGUCGUUGCACUGGCGGAGUCUUGUGCGAAGCUGCGCUCCCUGUGCGUCUGCAACACGCAGAUCACGGACGAGGCCUUCCGCGCCAUUGCCAGGUGCUGCCACCUCGAGCGCCUCGACGCCUCCUGGUGCCUGCGCGCCACGCCGGCAGCACUGGACCACCUGGCCACCGCAGAAGCGCGCCCGCCCCUGCGCGAGCUGGUGCUCGACCACCUGGGGGCGCUGGAGCUCGGCCUCAGCGGCUUCAGCGCGGACUGCCUGGGGCUCCUGCCUCCCGCCGCCUCCCCGCUCCUGCCGCCGCCCGCGGCCGCCGCCUCGCCGCAGCUGCUCCGCUCGCGCUCGUCACCCGCGGGGCCCCGGGCCCUGCCGGCCAAGAGCGCCUGCGCGUCCACGUCGCCCUGGUUCCGCUUCGCCGUCGAGCCCCCGUCGCUCGCACUGCCGCCGCCGGCGCAGCGCUUGGCGGGCGGCGGCCUGACCGCGCUGCCGGCGGGCGCAGCCAGUGGCUCUGGACUCAGCUCUACAGCUGCCGCCGCUGCGGCAGCCCUGGGCGGCCCAGACUCCGGCUCGACGGAGGUGCUGCUGCCGCCAGCUUGGCCAGCGGCCAGCAUGGAGCGCGGGCUGCCGCCAGCGGCGCCGCCCGCGUCGCUGAAGGUGCUGGUUGGCGCCUACGCGGGUUCGAUGCGGCACCUGAUGCUCGACGGGAUGCGCGAGAUCGCCCACGGCGCCGCCCUGGAGGCCAUCGCGAGCAUGUGCCCCGACCUGUGCCAGUUGGCGCUCGCGCUCCCGAAGGCUCGCGAAGCUGCGCUGGCAGCAGCAGCGCCUGGCGGCCACGACGACGACGACGUACUGCUCGACCGGGGCCUGCGCGCGAUCGGCGCCAACUGCUGCCACCUGAGCCUGCUGAGGCUGGACUGCUCCAUGCGACCUCACAAGCGCGUGGCCGCCGCCCUCGCGCUGCCCUCGUUCCCGCAGCUCCAGGACCUCACGCUCGUCUGCUCCGCGAGGGACGCUGGACUGACGGACUCGGAGCUGGAGGCCAUGCUGAGCGGGCGGACGUCUCUGCAGGCCCUGGCCCUGCGGAACUGCGAGGGACUCUCCGAGGGGCUCUUCCCGAGGUGGUGCAACCGCAGGGAGCGCGACGACUACGCGGCGGAGGCGGAGGAGGAGCUGGACCAGGCGAUCCUCUCGGCUGGCUUCGGCUUCGGCUUCGGCGCCGCGGCGGGGCCCCUGAGCCCGGCGCUGCUGCCUGCGCCGGAGCCGGAGCCGCCGAGGGCGCGCCGCCGCCGCCAGCAGCCGCGCUGCCCCGCGGCGCAGGCUCUGCGCGGCGUCACGGCCUUCUCCCUGGGCGGCGCCGAUGGCCUCACCGACCGCGCCGCCGACGCCCUCGCCGAGCUGCUGCACGACGCCCAGACCGUGGAGCUGCGGGGCUGCCCGCUGCUGACCGAGGACACUGUGCGCUCCUUCCGCAAGGGCUGCCCUUGCCCCCCUCCGACCAUCCGCUCCAUGGCUGUGGUCACCCGCGACCGUACCCUGUCGUGGACGGCGGCGACGGGCGCGGAGAAGAAGCACCACCACCGGCGGUCGCACAUGCACUUCUCGGCCAGCUCGGGCACGGAGAGCAACUGAGGGGCGUGGGACACGCCCGACUUAACGUGACCUUGCCCCCGCCGUGGCCGGCCUCAACUCGGCGCGGAGAAGAAGCGCACCACCACCGGAGACCGGAGAUGGUACACUUUUCCAUCUUCAUCCGCCUGCGUUGCGCCAACGCCUCGUCCGCGGUCUGACAGGACACGCCAGAAUAAUAGACUGCAAUCACACCGUGCGCCGGCCGCGCCCUGCGCGGGGCCCGCGCGUGCACGCCCGGCCAGCCCUCGUGCGCCGCGAGGGCAGCUGAGGGGCGGCCAGCGGGGUCGGAGCGGCCGCGGCGGCGGUAGCGAGGUGUCGACCCUGGGCGGGCGCGGGGCCUCUUCGGCAGCCGGAGGUCCAGAAGACGAAGGGGGCGCGCUCGGCGAGCGCGCGAGCAGCCGGGGUGAGAGCCUGGCCUCCCACGGGGUAUAGGUCCGCGCUUCGGCCGCGGGGGCGAGGGAGGGCAGGACACACACAGCCCGCUGCGAGCGCGGCGACAGCGUAUACGGGCGAGCACCACCCAUGGCUAGGCGCUGGGGUAGGUAGGCCGC